AUGCCCCCGUACCCCGAGGACCUCUCCGGCCCGGUGAUGCGCGACAGCCCGACCGCCAGCAGCAAUCACGACGACCCGGCCCGGCUCGGCGGUUUCAUCCGCGCCAUGGCAGGCGUCGGCCGCGUCGCCGACCAGGUGUUCCUCAAAAUCUACUCGCCUGCCAGCGUCACCAGCAUGGCACAUCUCUCGCAGUUGCCAGCAGUGACAGCGGAGAUCGAUGGGCUGCUGAGCGCCCUGACGCGCGACCUCCCUCUCUACCUCCACUUCUUCGACCCCACGCUCCCCAUUGGCUCGAGCUAG